CCUCCUCGUUCCACCUCUUCUCGUCCUCUCCCUUACUCCUCUGUAAUGGGUCUCGCAGAUCUUAUCCUCUCUGUCGUCCCCUACCGCCUUCCGCCUUACCUCCGGCAGUAUGAGAAAGGUGUCACUCCAUUGAGCACAACCCCAAUCGUCGUUGGCAUAAUUGUUGCAUACCUCAUCACCAUCUUCGGCAUUCAGGCUGCCAUGAAACCUUACCAGCCUUACAAGCUCACCUUUCUUUUUCAAGUCCACAAUAUGUUUUUGUCCCUUGGGAGUGGGUUGUUACUCGCAUGCAUGCUUGAGGAAGUUAUCCCGUUGUUAUUCAACGCUGGCAUGUUUGGCGCGAUUUGCCAUACAUCGUCGUGGACUCCGAGAUUGGAGUUUUACUAUAUAAUCAAUUAUUACUUCAAGUAUAUUGAGCUCAUCGAUACCAUUUUCCUCGCCAUAAAGAAAAAGCCUCUCGCCUUCCUGCACGUUUUCCACCACUCCGCCACUGCUCUUCUAUGCUAUACCCAGCUCGAUGGCCGUACCAGUGUGUCAUGGGUCCCCAUCACUCUUAACCUCGGUGUUCACGUCUUGAUGUACUACUACUACUGGGCCACCGCUGGUGGGCGCAAGAUUUGGUGGAAGAAAUAUCUCACCACGAUGCAAAUCACGCAGUUCGUUAUCGACCUCAUCGCCAUCUACUUCUCCGUCUGGCAACGUGCGGCUCAUGAGAAAUGGAUCCCCAACAUAAACUUGCCCCACGUUGCGGAUUGCGCAGGAACGAAUGCAGCUGCUGUUUUCGGCAUGCUUCUCAUCUCGUCCUAUCUAUUACUCUUCAUCGACUUCUACCUGCGGACGUAUAAGCCAGCAGCUAGUGCCAAGAAGGGCGCCAAUGGUGUCGCCAAUGGCUCAAUCAAGAGAGAUCUCUAAGCGAGUGGCCA